GUCACUAUUACUAGACUCCGCCCCACCACAAUGGCUACCAACGCAGUGGCUCUGGCCUGGAGAUCCGCAGGCCGCAGAGCGCCUGCACUUCACACUCUUCGCGCUACUCAGCGGCCCUCGAUCCUCCACCGGGAGUCUCUCCUCCGUCAAGUCCGCUAUUCCUCGGACGCAGCAUCUCAGACCAAAGAAGCAGCCAAGGAGACCACCGCGCAGGUCACGGAAGCCGUGAAGGAAGCUCCCAAGAAGACCGGCCGCAAGCUCAAGCGCACCGUCUGGGGCACCUCUCUGGCCCUGACCCUCCUCGCCGGAUUCAUCUACGGAACGGACACCCGCGCCAGCGUGCACCGGUACGGCGUGGUCCCUCUCGUCCGCCUGCUCUUCCCCGACGCCGAAGAUGCGCACCACUUCGGCGUGGACAUCCUGAAGACCCUCUACAAGUACGGUCUGAACCCGCGCGAGCGUGGCGACCCCGACAGCGAUGGUGCUCUCCUAACUGAGGUCUUCGGCUACACCCUCUCCAACCCGAUCGGCAUCUCCGGCGGCCUCGACAAGCACGCCGACAUCCCCGACCCUCUAUUCGAACUCGGCCCCGCCAUCGUCGAGGUCGGCGGCACCACCCCUCUCCCCCAAGAAGGCAACCCCCGCCCACGUGUCUUCCGCCUCCCGUCCCAGAACGCCAUGAUCAACCGCUACGGCCUUAACUCCAAGGGUGCCGACCACAUGGCGGCAGUCCUUGAACAGCGCGUGCGCGACUACGCCUACGCGCACGGGUUCGGCGAGCACGAAUUGGCCGAACAACGGGUCCUGAACGGCGAAGCCGGCGUGCCUCCAGGAAGUCUCCGCGAGGGCAAGCUGCUCGCCGUGCAAGUCGCCAAGAACAAACUCACGCCGGACAACGACAUCGAAGCCAUCAAGCGCGACUACGUCUACUGCGUUGACCGUCUCGCUAAGUACGCCGAUAUCCUGGUCGUCAACGUCUCCAGCCCGAACACCCCUGGUCUUCGCGACUUGCAAGCCACGGCGCCUCUCACUGCUAUUCUGAAGGCCGUUGUCGGCGCAGCAAAGAGCAUCGAUCGCAAGACCAAGCCCUUCGUUAUGGUCAAGGUUAGUCCGGACGAGGACGCAGACGAGCAAGUCUCCGGUAUCUGUGACGCGGUGUGGGGGUCCGGUGUUGAUGGUGUGAUCGUGGGUAACACCACGAAUCGUCGUCCGGAGCCGUUGCCGAAGGGGUUCACUCUUCCGCCCAAGGAGCAGGAUGUCCUGAAGGAGACAGGCGGGUUCUCUGGGCCGCAGUUGUUUGAUCGUACGGUAAAGCUGGUGGCGAAGUAUAAGAGUUUGUUGGAUGCUAGUGCUCCUGCUGCUUCUGCUGCUGCGCCUAAGGCGAUUGAGGCGGCGGAGCCGGAUGUGGAGAAUGUGCCUCCUACUGUGAGUGAGGCUGUCGAGGGGUUGCCUGCUAGGAAGGUUAUCUUUGCGUCUGGGGGUGUGACGAACGGAGCGCAGGCGAGGAAGGUCCUUGAUGCGGGAGCUUCGGUUGCGAUGAUGUAUACGGCUAUUACGUAUGGGGGGUUGGGGACGGUGACGAGGGUGAAGGAGGAGAUGAAGGAGAAGAAGUAGAAGGGGAGGUAAGUUGGUAGCUAAGUACUAGAUGUGUGAGUUCUAAAAGGAGCGACCGGGUUGACUGGGAUGGGUGGUAUUUUAGGAGGUAGGCGUAGAUUAGGAAGGACGUGAUAUUGUAAAUAGAAGAAUAAGAGUAUUUCAUCAUUCUAA